GCGGGGCGGCCGGGCCCGAAACGGAGUCCGGGUUUGUUGUUGUUGCCCCAGCGGCUCCUCAGUCGCCUCAGCCGCGCCGCCGCCGCCAUGUCCAGCCCUCAGGAGCCGCCGCAGCACAACAACAACAACAACCCGCCGGCGGACGCGACGCACGGCGAGCCCGGCCUCAACAGUUCCUGGGUGGAGCUGCAGAUGAACGGCAACGGCAACGACAACGGCAACGGCAACGGCAAGAACGGGGGCCUGGAGCACGUCCCGUCCUCCUCCUCCAUCCACAAUGGAGACAUGGAAAAAAUCCUCCUGGACGCCCAGCACGAGUCGGGACAGAGCAGUUCAAGAGGUAGUUCCCACUGUGACAGCCCGUCACCUCAAGAUGAUGGACAGAUAACUUUUGAUGUGGAAAUGCACACAAGUAAAGACAGUAGUUCUCAGUCCGAAGAAGAAGCAGUAGAAGGAGAGAAGGAAUUGGAAGUUUUGAAGAAAAGUGCAGACUGGGUGUCGGACUGGUCAAGUAGGCCCGAAAACAUUCCUCCCAAGGAAUUCCAUUUCAGACAUCCUAAGCGUUCAGUGUCCCUAAGUAUGAGAAAAAGUGGAGCAAUGAAAAAAGGUGGCAUUUUCUCUGCAGAAUUUCUUAAGGUUUUCAUUCCAUCUCUGUUCAUAUCUCAUGUUUUGGCUCUGGGACUAGGCAUCUACAUCGGGAAACGCCUGACCACACCUUCAGCCAGCACUUACUGAACCACGGAGCUCAAACCUGGACCCCACGUGCCCUGUGAAGGUGUUACUGUCUCAUUUAGUACAUUUGAGACCAUUUUAAGCAUGACCCUGACUUCACCCUUUUCCUUCCAUAUCCAGGUUUUUGGGGGUUUUUUUGGUUUUUUUUUUUUUGCUAACUCUGGAAUUCAGUAUUGUGUUGGAACUCUGUUGAGGUGUUUGGCUUUCCACAUUCUCUCCCUGUCUCCCAGCCCCCUGCCUCUUGGCCUGCAAGACACGUCAGAGUUGCUGGAUGGAGUUUACAACUGUCUCUAUGUUGCAAGGGCUUCUCUCAAUGCAAAACGCCACCAGCAAAGUUUUCAUUUUAUCAGUGAUGCUGUUGCCUCCUUAGUGCAACCUGACCUCAGCUGCAGCUGUGCGUGGUCUGAGCGUUGGCUGCGUGGUGGUGAUGAAAGAGUCUCUUUGGAAGGAAGUUACUGAUUGGAGUGGGAAAGAAAGUGGUUUUUUUCUUUUGUAAAAAAAGAAGCUGGUCGUGGAAUAAACGUAAGAAAUGGCUGGAAAUAAAGCUCCAGGUUAAAUCAGCUUUUGGGGGGGAAUUCGCUCGGCCCCUUUCGUUGGCCAACAAACGCCGUUUGGAUUGCGGGAGGCAAAGGCUGCAUAAAUGUUAAAGCAGGAUGACUAAAUCCAUCAGCGUAUUUUAAUUCUAGGUAAUGGUGGUAAUCUUGUCUUUUCUAUGAAGUCGGCUCCUUAUUCCUCGUAGGAAGAACCUGUCUGAUACCUUGGAAAUAUUAGAAAAAUCGCAUUGUUUGCAUGUGAAGAAGCUUUUUUUUUUUUUUCCCUUUACCCGUUUCCUUAAGGGAAAAAUUUCAGUGCGAAAUUUUCCUUUUGAAAAUAGUUCUAAAUUAAGGAAAAACCCCAGCGCUGUAGUGUAGGUAGGCUGUGUGUAAAAGGCAAUGAUUCUGUUUGUCGUGGAACCAUUUAAAGCUCCGAAGAUCCGGCAGUUUUCAGCGGGAAAAGCGUUUGACUCAUCCUUAAGGGGGACAAUCUUGCAGGUGCAUAAAAGGUUCAGAAGUUUGUAAAAGCUCUGAAAAUGUCUUCUGCAAAUGAAUUCUCAAUAUUCCUCUCUCUCUCUCUCUCUCUCUCUCUCGUUGUUUACUGUACAAUCUCCUUUUUGGGGAUAUUUGGAACCUGAAAAGUCACUUGUGGUGUCUCAUGUUAGGGUAGAUUCCUCACUGAUGUCGUUGAACUUUUUAUCUUAGGGAACAUUAAGCCUUGUCCUCCUUCAGUGACACUUCUUUUCAAAAUGUGAAGCUUUAGUACCAAAUUGUUACAAAGCAUCGGGACAGCCGCGUCCUUAAAUAGAUUUUAUUGGAUUUCAGAACAUGUAGCAUGAACUCUGAAGGAUAGAAUACUCUUUUUAUAUAUAUAUAUAUAUAUGAAUAUAUAUAUAAAAAUAUGAUAUAGACUUUAAUACUAAGUAUUUAGGGAACCAAUGCUAAUUUUAAGACUAUCAAAAAAAAAAAAAAAAAUCUCGUUUAAAUAAAAACUUUAGUAGGCUGGCUUGUAGAAGAUAAGGAAAGCGAGUCAGCCAUUUGGAGAAAACAGCUACCUAUAAUUGUUUGCUUGCAUCAGACUUUAUAAAGUUGAUUAUUUGAUAGAGCAGUGAUUGCUUGGACCAAUUGAUGCAUAGAAGCUAAAUCCCAGCUGAGAUUUGGGUUAAAAAAACCCCUUUAGUUAGCUCCCAGGAAGCGAAAAAGUUAAGUACGAAUCCACUGCUAAACCGUAUUUAUUUUCAUUCUCUCCUCCUGAGUGCUGUCAGAGAAUGCUUUCAGGGUGGACAGCAAAUCCUCCUGAGCAAUCUGCUUUUUUUUUUUUGUUUUCCUUUUAGUGGUGAACGCUUAGCGGCACUCGAGCUGCCCACAAGUGCGGGUUUGUUUGGGGCGUGGAGGUUGGGUUUCACCCAGAGCUGGGGCUGGGCAUGGGAACGUGGUGGAGGGCGUUUUAGAGAGCGUCAAAUAUUUCAUUUUACAGCCCCAAAAAUCUGAGGGCACGGCAGAAAAGCUGGACCGCUUUCAGCUCCAGCACGGCGCCUUGUUUCGUACGAAACCGGAGCAGCGGAAAAAAGAGAUUUUUUUUUUUCUUUCCCCCAAAAGCAGGGAGAACUUUUUAAAAGAGAAAAACCCAACAAAUCCCAACCCCCCUUUUCUAAAAACGCGAUUCUCCCGAAUCUCUGAUAAAUCACAGUGCAAGCUUGUGGCUGGAGCAUCAGGAACCGCUGCUGGUGUUUGGAGUCAAACCUGUGAAAGCCAGAGCUGAGGAACUCCCCGUGGUCACUGUAACCCUGCUGGGACACUGCAGUAUUUAAUGAAACCCUUCCCUAAGCUUUGGAGGAGAGGCUGCAACUCUCAGUUUUACAAGGAACAGGAAGGGAGUGGUGUAUCAUUCCAAAAAGGGGUCUCAACGGUGGAGAGUUGAAGUUUUGUCGAGAUAAAUGCUGUUUAAGAAGCUUUAUACCUGUUUACAGUUUUGGAGGACAAAAAAAAAAAAAAAAAAAAAAAAAAAAAAAAAAAAAAAAAAAGAAUGAAUAAAUGAAAGGUAGGCUUCAUUUUUCUUACAUUCAGCGAAAACUGGCCUAGACUAUUUGUAAAUAGGAUCAAGAAAAACAAAAAAAAAAAUAAAUGCAUAAACUCGCACAUUAAAGAUGCAGGCUGACCUAACUGCAGCAAAUGCAUAUUUACUUACCGUUUUCAAAAGUGAAAGCUGAAGAUUGUUAGAAAUUCAAAUUUUUUCUUUUUUUUUUUUUUUAAAUUGACGUUUGUUGAAAUAUUGGAGUUAACUGAGCCAAAGUGAUGAUUAUGCAUUCUUCAUAAAUUAGUUAGCACUUUGUAACAUUCUCUACAGUUUACAUGUAUAAGUUGUAGCUUAUGAACUUUUUUGUGCCAUUAAAGCUCUCACAAAACCGGUUGUCUGCAAUUGCUUCAUGCUGCGCCUUUCUUUUGUCUCUCUUCUCUUCCCCUUUUUUCACAGGUCUGCUUUUUAAGAUGUUCUUUGGAACCCUUUUGUUCUGGGUGACACCAGCAUUGAAGCUGCUGUUUAUAGACUGGAAUAAUUUUUUGUUUUUUGAAAGAUUGCUUGGGUUUGGUUUGGUUUUGUUUUGUUUUGUUUUGUUUUUUUAGUGACCUGGGAUCAUCUGCUUCAUUUCCUGAAGCGCUUCAUAAAAAAUUAUUCCCCCUGGUUGGCCUCGUGUACCUUCUCCAAGUCCUCCAGCGCCUUGUCCAGGAAAACUCUGAAAGGAAAAAAUGAUGUGGUGGCGUAUGAAAUGUAAAGCAGAAUUGCAGAGAUUUUGUACGAUUGGUCGACUCUGUUGUACUCCUUGUAUUUCUCUUCUGGUUCCUGACUGUGUUUAAUUUGCAGAUUAAAGAGUAAGGGAGAU